CAUCCUCCUGAGGUCCUCCUGUGCAGCCCCUCCUCCUCCACCAGCAGCUGGGGCCCCGGUGUGUGGGGAGGGGAAGGUCUGCACCCAUCCCCCCUCUUCCUCCACCCUCCCCACCUCCAGAGUCAACGGCACCUUUUAUUAUUCUAACUUCUCCCUAGAGCUCCGUGUCUGGCCCUGGAGCGUCGGGGUUGGGAGAGCCAGCUCCGAGGGGCCGCUGUCCACAGACUGAGGACGGAACCAAACUGAAGGCACACCGGAUCAGCGACAGGUGGAUUGGCUGGCUAUGGUCAGGGGACGAUGUUGGCCAGAAAGAGCAUCAUCCCGGAGGAGUAUGUGCUGGCGCGCAUCGCAGCAGAGAACCUGCGCAAGCCUCGCGUCCGAGACCGCCUCCCCAAAGCCCGCUUCAUCGCCAAGAGCGGGGCCUGCAACCUGGCGCACAAGAACAUCCGCGAGCAAGGGCGAUUCCUGCAGGACAUCUUCACGACCCUGGUGGACCUGAAGUGGCGCCACACUCUGGUCAUCUUUACCAUGUCCUUCCUCUGCAGCUGGCUGCUCUUCGCCAUCAUGUGGUGGUUGGUGGCCUUUGCCCAUGGAGACAUCUACACUUACAUGGAGAAGAGUGGACUGGAGACCGCUGUGUGUGUGACUAAUGUCAGGUCUUUUACUUCUGCUUUUCUCUUCUCCAUUGAGGUUCAAGUGACAAUAGGAUUUGGAGGGAGGAUGAUGACAGAGGAAUGUCCCCUGGCCAUCACAGUGCUGAUUCUCCAAAACAUCGUGGGUUUGAUCAUCAAUGCAGUCAUGUUGGGCUGCAUUUUCAUGAAGACAGCUCAGGCACACCGAAGGGCAGAGACUCUGAUUUUCAGCCGCCACGCCGUGAUUGCCGUCCGAAAUGGCAAGCUGUGCUUCAUGUUCCGAGUGGGUGAUCUCAGGAAAAGCAUGAUCAUCAGUGCCUCUGUGCGCAUCCAGGUGGUCAAGAAGACCACUACCCCUGAGGGGGAGGUGGUGCCCAUCCACCAACUGGACAUUCCUGUUGACAACCCGAUCGAGAGUAAUAACAUUUUUCUCGUGGCUCCACUGAUCAUCUGCCAUGUGAUUGACAAACGCAGCCCCUUGUACGACAUCUCAGCAACUGACCUUGCCAACCAAGACCUGGAGGUCAUAGUGAUUCUGGAAGGAGUGGUGGAGACUACUGGCAUCACCACACAAGCAAGAACCUCCUACAUCGCUGAAGAGAUCCAGUGGGGUCACCGCUUUGUGUCUAUUGUGACUGAGGAAGAAGGAGUAUAUUCUGUGGAUUACUCUAAAUUCGGCAACACAGUUAAAGUAGCCGCCCCGAGGUGCAGUGCCCGAGAGCUGGAUGAGAAGCCCUCCAUCCUCAUUCAGACCCUCCAGAAGAGUGAACUGUCCCACCAGAAUUCUCUGAGGAAGCGCAAUUCCAUGAGAAGGAACAACUCCAUGAGGAGGAGCAACUCAAUCCGGAGGAACAACUCUUCCCUCAUUGUGCCAAAGGUGCAGUUUAUGACUCCAGAAGGAAGUCAAAACACAUCGGAAUCGUGACAGCAAGACAAGCCCAGGGAGGUCUUCGAUUCAGUGUUGCUAUUUUACGCAGGACACAGCAGACUGUACCAGAGCUGGAACAUGGGCAUUUGUCCUUCUGCAUCUUAAUGUACUAGAUGAUAUUCACACUCAAACAAUAGCACCUUUGUAGCAAUAAACAGUAAUGCCCAGCGGGGUCCAUGGCUCCCACUUGGCUUAGAUGUGUGUACAUGGCAGUGCUAGGCCUAAGUAUGUGUUCAACUAAAAUGCUCCCAUUUCUCUCCAUUUCAAAUGCAACAGUGACAAUAACAGUAGUGGACAUUAAAUACAGAAUUUUGCCAAAGAGUAAUUGUGAAUUAUUGAAAUGCUUGAAAUUAUUGAAAUGUCUGAAACAUUGAAAUGUUUAGUGAGUGAAACCCCAAGUCUCCGGUUUUGUGGUUCACCCUGGAAAUGCCCAUAGAAUCGGGCGGAGCAGGGGGAACCAAAAUCAUGUUUGUGGCACCUUCAGAGAAUGGCCACAUAUGCAGCUUUCCCUUUUCCUCUACAGUUCAUCUAGUAAGAAGCCCAGGGCAAACGCGGCCUGUAAAGACUCUUUUCUCCCACAAGCCCUUCACAAUGACCUUGAGGUUUUUGACCCUGGGGGGCAACCUGGGCCAGAACUUCAGAGAGCUUUCCAGGAAAACUGGGCCAUCCUGUCUCACUUAGGACUGGUUGUCCUCUGACCAUUACAUUUUUUGGCUCACUUCUUAGCAGAGCAACCCCCUCCCAGGGAAACCCUAUAUGGACUCUUAUUAAGGUAUGUUCUCCGUACUUACUGUAGCUUU